CGAAAGUAUCCAGGUCUUCUUCUGGAGCAGAAUACAGAACUUUGGCACAAUUGUGCUGUGAUGAAGUUCAAUGGCGCAAGAUGCAGAUCACUGAAGAACGAGAGGGACUGAAGUGGAAUGGUUUGGAAAUUGUGGAAUUCUUUUGCGUAUAUAUUUGUACAACUUUCUUAUACACACAGUCGUUUUUCAUUAAACCAAUUCGUUAUUGUUUAUCAGUGGUCUUAGCCACCUGUCGCCUUGUG